UAAUUGGGCGCGGGAGCGUGAACGUCGAGCAGUAUAUAACGCCGCCGCUGCCGUGUGUCGGCCACUCCGCUCCUCCGACUCCUCCCAGGACACCGAGCCGCCAGCAACACACCACUCCUCCAACAUGCAGCAGACCAGCGUAGUUCUCGCAGUCGCCGUAGGACUGCUGGUGGCGCACGCGUUGGCUGGAGACAUCGGCUAUGCAGGAUACGACGGCGGCUACGGUGGCUACAACGCGCCUAAGGACUACCAGUUCGAGUACGGCGUGACGGACCCGCACUCUGGCGACGUGAAGGAGCAGCGCGAAGUGAGCAAAGGGGGCGAAGUGGUGGGCACCUACAGCCUGGUCGAGCCUGACGGCACGCUCAGGACCGUCCACUACACCGCCGACCCCUACAACGGCUUCAAGGCCGUCGUGGAGCGAGCGGGCGAGACCACCUACCACGGACACGGACCCCACUAAGGGAGCUGCUCAACAACUGACUGGCAUCAUACCACCACCCACCGCCUCAACAGUACAUCACAACAUCACAGCAGCGACCACAAACAUCCAAACUCUCUGUAACAUCACUUUCUUGAGCGGAACCUGUGUUGCUACUAACAACUAUGCCUGAAUAAAUUUUUCUCAGCAAAAAAA